GCCCCAGCGAACGGACGCAGUGUGCGGAGCAGCGUUCAACGUGAAAGCAAAAAAGAGAAAAAAAAAAACAACACUGAAUAAGAGACGAAUCGUCUUCGUAAACGUAAUCGAAAUUCGAGUUUCGAUUUUAUUUAUAGACAAACGCUUUGUUUACGUGUCGUGACGCGUGUGCCAACUAAAACGAAACGCAAAGCAAAUAGCUAAAAACAACUUGCGAGAAGAGAUAUACUAAACAACAAAUUGUAACUGUGUUUCAAGUGAACCCAAAAAAACGCAAAGACACAAACAUGUCGUUGGGCAGCACAACGGAUUACCCGCUGACUGUGGAGACUGUGGAGACAACAACAACGAUUGGAGAACUGUUUGCGGAAUUCAUUGCUGCACCGGCAAGCAGCAUGAGUCCCGCUGCCAUCGCCGAGCACAUGCAACAGAAUCAAAUCACCUUCGAGAUACCCACAGCGCACGAUCUGCGCCACAUUGAUGCACUGCAUUCGUUCAACGCUCUGCUGCAGCGCAUUGGCAACUCUGCCGCUGCCUCUGCCUCUGCCUCGGCCAGCAUUAGCACCGAACAACUCUCCAAUUCAGUAGUGCUCGAUCUGGCCGAUCUGCGAGAGAGCAACAAUGUGGAUGCGGAUAACAAUUCGACGUGGGAGCAAAUCUUUGGCGAUGCCGAUAUGCAUGCGAUUGUCAACUAUUUGUGGAUUGGUGUUGUCACCUCGUUGGUGGUGUUAUCACUGGUCUUCAUACUCUUCAGCUGUUACUUCUAUCGCAAGUUUCGUACAUGGAAAAAGUGCAACAAGGACAUACGGGCACAGAUUCAUGCGGCAAGCGAUUCCUACUCCUCGCACGGCGCCAGUCAUCACCUGAUCAGCUGCGAUGCCCGUCGAUUGUUGCAGCAGCUGCCAGCAGCCAAUGGAGCAGCAACUGGCUCGCAACUUGUGAGUCCAAUGGCAGGCGCUGCCGCAGGCGCUGCCGCAGGCGGCGGCGUUGGAGUCGGUGGAGGCAACGAGGCGGCGUUCUAUCAAAUUGAAUCGCCACCCUGCUACACAAUUGCCACAGGUCUGCCCAGCUACGAUGAGGCGUUGCAUCAUCAGCCGCGUCAUUUUGCCUACGGCAUGAAGUUUGUGUAUCCCAGUCUGGCGGCAGUGCAUCAUCAUCACCAUCAUCAUCAUAAUCAGCUUCUGCAGCAACGUGCGUGCAUUGCCAACUGGGAAAAGAACGCAGAGCAGCGGUGCAGCUCGAAUAAGCUGCAAAAGUGCAAACUGUCAGCAGCAGCAGCAGCAGCAGACGAUUCGUCGAGGCAGACGCAAGUUCAAAUGCAGACGGAGAGUGAGAGGCUGAGGCAAGCGGAGACUGAGGACAAAGGCUCGCCUGCUAUUUGCAUUAACAUGCCGGAUGAGAUGGAGGAGGAGCAGCAUCAGCAUCAGCAUCGAAAUGUGGUGGCCAAUGCUGCGUCAACAGAUGCGGCACAAACUUUGCUGCCGGCGGCAGCUGCUGACGAUGAUUGCGCCUCAUUGGUUGUUGUUGUUGCCGCGUGAUUGCCCAUCAACUGAGCUGGCCAGGGCAUCUAAAGGGGGAAACGGGAACGGGGAAUUGCGGGGGAAGGGUAUUGGGUAUAGAUUAUGGGCCAGAGAUCAUGGUUACAUGUUUAGUCACUUGUAAAUAUUGUAGUUUGCAUCCUCUGGCUGAUCCUAUAAACUAGCUUCGAUGACAGAUGAAAUGAUUUCAUGAUUUUGUUUUAGUUAUUUGUUAUAUAUCAUGUAUUAUCCAAGACUGAGUAUUAUUUAUUGUCUAUGUAUUAAGUAAUUUAAACGAAUUGCCUAUCGUUUAAGCCUAAAUGUUAAUGAACAACAAAAUAUAAACGCUAAAAAUAUAUUCAACAAAACGACCUACAAUGAAAAUCAAAGAACAACAUUCAUUUUGUUUUAUUUUCAUAGUUUCUUUAGUUUGGUUUUUAAUUUUACGCUGCAAUUUUAUUGGUUUUCUAUUGGUAAUUGCUAAUUGGAUUAGAUAUAUUCGUUCUACAUUUUUCUCACAAUUAUUAAUGGGACUUAAAGCGUACUUACUCAUUUGCUAAAUUUUAUUUUCUUCUUUACUUGUCCCCAAGACAAGUUAGCGUAUUCUCCACAGACCUGUUUCUCCUUAAUUGAAACACAUUUAGUUAAAGGUAUUUUUGAUUUUGGUUUAAUUUUGCACCUCUUGAUCAAGCACUGUUAGUUCUUAAAGUGUUGCAGUUACUAAAAUGACUUGAAAAGCAAAACAGCAAGUAGCGAAAAUAUUAUGAUGGAUUCAAGAUAAAAGAAAAAUAUCUACGAUAUCUACGUAUAGGCCUUUAAAGGGAGAGAAACAAAAACUUCAAUCGAAAAUGCAAAAAUCCAAGCUAAGCAAAUUAACUAAAGCAAAUAAACGAAUAAAUAUUGUCAACUAUGGUAAAGAGAAAUUGCAAGCAAAAUAAAAUAUUUAUGCAAAAAUAGAAAUGCAUGGUAUUUUGAUUAACUCUGGGGAAAUGGUGAACGUGCAUUGGGAACGAGAAUGAGAUUGAGAAUGCGAAUGACAGCAGCUGGAAUGGAACCAGGUUAAGUCAGAGCUCUCGUGCGAGCAUAAUAAAUACUUAAUUUCAUGUCAAAUUUGACACUUUUGUUGAGGUUUCUGCGCCUCGCCUCGACUCGUGUGUAAUGCUGCAAUUUGUAUUCAAAUGUACGAUUUGUUGAUGAGUCGACGAGGGACAGACCGACAGACAGACAUAGAGACACGCGGACAGACAGACAGACGGAUGGACAGAGUAACACGCCACAUCAAGCAUUCCAUAACGCAGCGAAGCAAGAAACACCAAAACAGGGCCAUAAAUUAUAUUAUCGUGCAUCGUGUAUCUGGUUCAGGUCACAGUCAUGAGUGACUGCCAGUUAAACUGUGGACAGCGUCGGCAACAACCACAUCGUCAUCGACGGGGGGCCAAGGGCUUGUGUAGGGCACAAGAAAGGAGUGGAGGGGGUGUAAAGUGGGUGUAGAACCUGGCACUGACAGCAACAACAACAUCAACACCAUCACCAGCAGUGGCAGUGGCAGUUUCUGUUGCAAAUGCAGUUGCAGCUCCAUCUCUGCUAACUUUGUGUCGCGGUCGUGUUUAGCUGUAAAUCACAACCAAAACAUAAGCCAUAAAGCCGCGAGUAGCGUAUAACCGA